AUGCCCAAAAAAAAGGAGAAACUGCCCCCUGGGUGGCUGAAACGGGAAUCUAAAUCAUAUCCAGGGAAAUUUUAUUAUUUCCAUAAAACUACUGGCAGGACAACUUGGCUACUGCCAACUGAUGAAGAGCCAUUCCAGAUCAAAAAGACUGAAAACAAGAAAUCUAAGAGCUCCGAUGCUUGUACCAGUAAAUCUUCCGCAAAAAUAUCACAGAAAUCCCUUAGUGCCAAAGAGAAACGAGAGACCAUGUUUCCCCGAGCAGUACGACAGACCUGCACAGCUGAGCAGUUCUUACCGUUUCAGCCUGUGGCUCCCGAAAUCAAGAAUUCUAAUUUGGUUCCAGUCUUUGGGGAAAAUGAAAUGCCUUUCAAUAAUCAGAACAUUUCUGCAUCUGACUCUUUCCAUAUCCCUGAUAACUAUCAUCAUCAUAUUGAAGAUUCCAGUCAACCCAUGGAAGUUGAUAACACUUUUGGCAGUGACAUGGUUAACUAUAUUGUAAAAUUGCGGAAAGAUAUGAGUAGUGAACGUUUUAACACGGUGACUGGUGAUUUAACAAAACAUUUUGAAAUGGAUACAUCCAAUUCAAUUGAUCAUACAGCACAACCUCAGGUAACAUAUGUGGUUCUUGAUACAAAUACCUUAGUGAAUGCUGGUGAUUUAGCAGUGAUAAAAUAUAUCUGUGAUGGAAAAUAUACAGAUGAGUGUCAUUUACCGUACAUCAUAAUCCCAUGGGUGGUAAUGCAGGAACUAGAUGUUUUAAAGUCAAGAAGCAAGCAGAAACCUGAUACAGCAGAAAGAGCACAGAGAGCAAUUGUUUUCCUUUCCUCAUAUUUCACAAAAAAGCAUCCUCAAGUAAUUGGACAGACUUUAAAAGAGGUUUAUCCAAAUGGCAAAGUUAUUCUUUACAGCAAUGAUGUCAACCUUUGCAACAAGACCUUAAUUAAUGGCAUUUCUGCUUUUAACAAAACUGCAAUUUGUUCUGCCCUUUCAAAAUUGAGUGGAAUUACAGCUGAUAAUUGUGAUCAAAAAAGAUGUGUAUCUUAUUCUCAAGAGUCUAUUAAAGAGGCAAUAUGUUCCAGAAAAAUCGAUGUAUAUCACAAUGAUAUAUCACAGACGACAAAUGUUGCUCCACAACUUAAUUUGGUGAAUCAAAUUUCCAAAAAAUUAAAGGAAAUUUUAAAAGGUGUUCUUGGUCUCAUUUUAGAGACUGAAAUGAAAGCUGCAUUUAAUGAAAUGUGGUUAAAAAUCAUCAAAGUGCAGCCUCCUUGGGAACUCAAUAAUAUUUUAUAUUUCUCUAUUUUAUCUGUCUCAUUUUAUUCAUAUCUAUCUCAUUCAAUUCAUAAUGGUAUCUGUCUUGUCCUAAUCAUAUUCGUAUCUAUCUAUAUUCAAAUCAUUGAUAUCAUUAUGUUCACUGAUGUUUUGGAAGAACUGCCAACUAAAAAUUGCCUCGACUCUCCCAUGGUACCUGAGCCUUCUCUUAGUACUGACUUUGCUAUGAGUAUUGCUCUUACCAAGUUCCAAAAAGUUUGGGAGAUCUUCAACAGUUACUGCCAAGAAGUGGAGUGUGCAUUACAGAGUGGAGCAUCUCCUGAAACCUGUCAACAGGUUCUUGUUACCUUACAGACCUCAAUUCCCAUGAUGGAAAUUACAUAUAACCAAUUUUCUAGCUGCCUUGGACUUUCUGCAGUUGACAUUCCCAAAGAAGUAAAUAUGUUCACAGUUCUUGCUGAGCAACUAAAUGCCAUUUUACCUCAACUUGGCUGUCAGGACAAUAAUCCUCUGGUCAACUGUGUACACUUACAGACACUUUUUUCCAAUCCUGAGAAACAAGGAAUGCUGACCAAUGGCCUUGCUCAACUUGAAGUAAUGAUUCGGGGUCUGCAUACUUACCAGGGGCAUUUGGUAGGCACGUGA